UUUACAACAGAAAACCCGGCAGAGAGGAGCUGAACAGCCGCUGCCGCUGCUGCUUCUCCGGACUCGGCUUGUCCCGCCACGACUGAAGAGCGGGUAACCAGAUAUUCAAAAACAAGACGUCAUCCCACAAUCCCCCGCGCUCGCGCUCUCCUGACUGCAUUACCUCAUCCCACAAUCCACCGCGAGAGUAAGAAUCUUCUGGCUGGUUGUCAGGGAGACGCGGCUUAUCGUUUGAGAUAACUCCGCCUUAAGACACGCCCCCCAGCCAAUGGGAGAACGCCGUCAUGACAUCAUGGUUAUUUUUAGAGACGCACAAGCUGCUGAUAAGUUUUGCCUCCACGCCGCACAGCUUACAGUGUACACACGGGCAGGCGGAGGGAAAAGUUUCAUACUCUGAGACUCACAACAAGUUUGGAUGCGCUGACAGACGCUUUCUGAGCGGUUGAAGAAGUAGGUCCUCCGCGAAGUCGCAUUUGGGAUUUUUGAAAGACUUGGAAGCCUCUGUUUUCUUCAUUUUGAACCGAGAAGCGGCUGAAGAAACUUUGUUUUCCAGCUACACAAACUUUGAUUCAACUUCUAUGUAUACCAAGAUGGAAACUACUUUCUAUGACGACUCACUCAACGCUUUCUCCCAGCACGACAACCCCAGCUACGGAUACAGCAACUCCAAAGCGCUGAAACACAACAUGACAUUGAACCUCUCCGACCCGACGGGCUCCCUGAAACCACACCUCCGCGCCAAGGCCGGCGACCUCCUCACCUCGCCGGACGUGGGUCUGCUGAAGCUGGCCUCGCCGGAGCUGGAGCGGCUCAUCAUCCAGUCCAGCAACGGGCUCAUCACCACCACCCCGACUCCGACCCAGUUCCUCUGCCCCAAGAACGUCACUGACGAGCAGGAGGGCUUCGCGGAGGGGUUUGUCCGGGCGCUGGCGGAGCUGCACCACCAGCACAUGCCGGCUCCGACCACCUCCGCCCCCCAGACCAGCACUGCCCUGCCGCCGGUGUCCUCCGUGGCCGGGGCUGCCGUCUACAGCAACACCGCCACCAUGCGCUCCGACUCGCCGGUGUACGAGGACUUGAACACGUUCAACCCGGCCAUCAGCACAGUGUCGGCGCCAAACUACACAACUUCAGCCCCGACCAUGUCCUUCCCCGCUGCCCCGCCUCAGCUUCCCAUCUACGGCCAGCCGUCCGGCGCGCAGCUGCCGCGGCUCAGCGCGCUCAAAGAGGAGCCCCAGACCGUCCCCGAGAUGCCAGGGGAGACCCCCCCGCUCUCCCCGAUCGACAUGGAGAGCCAGGAGCGCAUCAAGGCGGAGAGGAAGCGCAUGAGGAACCGCAUCGCCGCCUCCAAGUGCCGGAAGAGGAAGCUGGAGCGGAUCUCCCGGCUGGAGGACAAGGUGAAGACCCUCAAGUCUCAGAACUCCGAGCUGGCGUCCACCGCCAACAUGCUGCGCGAGCAAGUGGCCCAGCUGAAGCAGAAGGUCAUGAACCACGUGAACAGCGGCUGCCAGCUCAUGUUAACGCAGCAGCUCCAGACCUUCUGAAGCGGCGGACAGCCGCGGGACUGAUGUUGGAAGACGGUGUGCUCUCCCGAAACCACGGCGGGGGUUUGGGACGAUGUGGCGCAACGCUGGCGGGACCGCGCGGGGGCUCCACGCGCUCCCUGAAAGAGGCGCGCGGGACAGUGACAGUAGCCAUGAACCAGAGAGGGCAACAAACAGGACAGUUUUCUUGAUUUAUGCUCUGCAUGGAGCUUCUUCCUCUCAACAAACGAGACGUUCACCAUUAGAGGAUUCAAGACUUUUCUUGCUGCAGCCAUAAGGGCCUCAAUUUUGGGCGUGUUUUCCACUUUACGCCUGGAAAGUAAUAACAAAUGCUGCCUGAGUUUCAGUACAAGUUUUCUUAUUGUAAGAAAUUAUACUAGAAAAGCUUCAAGAUCGACUUGGUUUUUUUCUAAAGCUGUUUAAUGGGGUUUCACUCAUUGUUGUUAUGUAUAUAAGAUCAACUUGGAGUACUUAUGUUUACUAUUUGUCAUAAGAAUACUGUAUAAUUUUUUUUAUUGUUUGUUUUCUGAGGACUUCAGAAAUUAAUCAGUAUUUAAGAAAAUAAACCAGAUAAAACAAAGCAA